AUGGAGUGCGCCCUUCUAUUGGCGUGCGCCCUCAGGGCCGCCGGCUCUGGGCCACCGCGGGGCCUCUGGAGACAGGAGCGUUUAGCCAAGGCGCUCCAGCUGUGCUGCCUCUGCUGUGCAUCGGUCGCCACGGCUUUAGCCAGUGACAGCAGCGGCAGCGGAUUAAAUGAUGAUUAUGUCUUUGUCACACCGGUGGAAGUGGACGCCAGCGGGUCGUAUAUUUCCCACGACAUUUUGCACAGCGGCAGGAAGAGACGCUCGGCCCAGAGUGCUAGGAGCUCCCUGCAUUACCGAUUUUCAGCAUUUGGACAGGAGCUACACUUAGACCUGAAACCUUCAGCGAUUUUGAGCAGUCACUUUACUGUCCAGGUACUUGGAAAAGAUGAUGCUUCAGAGAACCAGGAACCUGCCCUGCAGCGAUGUUUCUAUCAGGGAUUUAUCAGAAACCACAGCGCCUCCUCGGUGGCGGUGUCUACAUGCGCCGGCUUGUCAGGUUUAAUAAGGACAGGAAAAAGUGAAUUCCUCAUCUCGCCAUUACCUCAGCUGCUGGCCCAGGAACACAACUACAGCUCACCUGUUGACCACCAUCCUCACGUACUCUACAAAAGGACGGCGGAGGAGAAGGUACAGAGGUACCACUCCUAUCCCAGCACCAGUCAGGAUGAUCCUGGUCACUCCACAAGUCACAGCCCCCAUGUACCUCUGAGACAAGAAAGAGAUUAUCGCCACCGAAGGUUGAAAAAGCAACAUUUUUGUGGACGACGCAAGAAAUAUGCUCCCAAACCCCCUAGAGAGGACACUUACCUCCGGUUUGAUGAAUAUGGGAGUUCAGGGAGGCCCAGACGUUCAGCUGGAAAGUUGCAAAAGGGUUUAAAUGUGGAAACCCUGGUGGUAGCUGACAAGAAAAUGGUGGACAAGCAUGGCAAGGGAAAUGUAACCACAUACAUUCUGACAGUAAUGAACAUGGUUUCCAGCCUUUUUAAAGAUGGAACUAUUGGAAGCGACAUAAACAUUGUUGUGGUGAGCCUCAUUCUUCUGGAAGAAGAACCUGGAGGAUUGUUGAUCAAUCACCAUGCAGACCAGUCUCUGAAUAGUUUUUGUCAAUGGCAGUCAGCUCUCGUUGGAAAGAAUGGCAAGAGGCACGACCACGCCAUCUUACUGACAGGAUUUGAUAUUUGUUCCUGGAAGAACGAACCAUGUGACACUCUAGGUUUUGCUCCCAUCAGUGGAAUGUGUAGCAAGUACCGAAGUUGUACCAUCAAUGAGGACACAGGGCUUGGCCUGGCCUUCACCAUUGCUCAUGAAUCAGGACACAACUUCGGCAUGAUUCAUGAUGGAGAAGGCAACCCCUGCAGAAAGACUGAAGGCAACAUCAUGUCCCCCACACUUAUGGGAAACAACGGAGUGUUUUCCUGGUCUUCCUGCAGCCGGCAGUAUCUCAAGAAAUUCCUUAGCACACCCCAGGCUGGUUGUCUGGUGGAUGAGCCCAAGCAAACAGGACAAUAUACAUAUCCGGACAAACUGCCAGGACAGAUUUAUGACGCUGACACGCAAUGCAAGUGGCAAUUUGGAGCAAAAGCCAAGUUAUGCAGCCUUGGAUUUGCGAAGGACAUUUGCAAAUCUCUCUGGUGCCAUCGAGUAGGCCACAGAUGUGAGACCAAGUUUAUGCCUGCAGCGGAAGGGACCGUUUGUGGCUUGAGUAUGUGGUGUCGGCGAGGUCAGUGUGUCAAGUUUGGGGAGCAUGGGCCCCGGCCCAUCCACGGCCAAUGGUCCUCCUGGUCGAAGUGGUCAGAAUGUUCGCGGACGUGUGGCGGAGGAGUGCGGUACCAAGAGAGAUACUGCAGUAACCCCAAGCCUCAGUAUGGUGGCAAGUUCUGCCCAGGUUCUAGCCGUAUCUACCAGCUGUGCAACAUUAACCCCUGUCAUGAAAAUAGCUUGGAUUUCCGAGCCCAGCAGUGCGCAGAAUAUAACAACAAGCCUUUCCGUGGAUGGUUCUACCAGUGGGAGCCCUAUACAAGAGUGGAAGAUGAAGACCGAUGCAAACUCUACUGCAAAGCUGAGAACUUUGAGUUUUUCUUUGCCAUGUCUGGCAAGGUGAAAGAUGGGACUCCUUGUUCGGCCAACAAAAAUGAUGUUUGUAUUGAAGGGGUUUGUGAACCAGUGGGAUGCGAUCAUGAACUUGGCUCUAAAGCAGUUUUGGAUGCAUGUGGUAUCUGCAAAGGUGAUAAUUCAACUUGCAAGUUUUAUAAAGGCCUGUACCUCAGCCAGCAUAAAGCCAACGAGUACUAUCCGGUGGUCACCAUUCCAGCUGGAGCCCAAAGCAUUGAAAUUCAGGAGGUGCAGCUGUCGGCCAGCUACCUUGCUGUACGCAACCUAAGUCAGAAGUAUUACCUCACAGGGGGCUGGAGUAUCGACUGGCCUGGGGAGUUCACCUUCGCCGGGACCACCUUUGAGUACCAGCGCCCCCUUAACCACCCAGAACGGCUGUACGCACCGGGGCCCACAAACGAGACACUGGUGUUCGAAAUUCUAAUGCAAGGCAAAAAUCCGGGCAUAGCUUGGAAGUAUGCACUUCCGAAGGUCACCAAUGGAACUCAGACCACAGCAAAAACACAUAUCUAUGCCUGGAACACAGUACAGUCGGAUUGUUCCGUCUCCUGUGGUGGAGGUUACAUUAGCAUAAAGGCCAUUUGCUUACGAGAUCAAAAUACUCAAGUCAGCUCUUCAUUCUGCAAUGCAAAAACGAAGCCAGCCACUGAACCGAAAAUAUGCAAUGCUUUCUCCUGCCCUGCCUACUGGUUGCCCGGUGAAUGGAGUGUCUGCAGCAGGUCUUGUGCAGGCGGCCAGCAGAGCCGGAAGGUCCAGUGUGUCCAGAAGAAACCCUUCCAGAAGGAAGACACGGUCUUACAUUCCUUCUGCCCAGUGAGCACACCCACGGAGAUUCAAGUCUGCAACACCCACGCCUGCCCUCCAACAUGGAGCCUUGGGCCCUGGUCUCAGUGUUCCAAGACUUGUGGGCGGGGCGUGAAGAAGCGUGAAGUCCUCUGCAAAAGUUCUACGGCAGCAGAUCCCCUUCCCGAGGGCCUAUGCGCCAGCCUCCCAAGGCCUGAGUCACAGGAGGGCUGUGUGCUGGGACGGUGUCCCAAGAACAACCGUCUGCAAUGGGUCAUCUCUUCAUGGAGUGAGUGUUCCGUCACCUGUGGUCUGGGUGUGAGGAAGAGGGCAAUGAAGUGUAGCGAGAAGGUCUUCCAGGGAAAACUGAUCACUUUCCCAGAACGUAGAUGCCGCAAUAUUAAGAAACCCAACCUGGACUUGAAGGAAACCUGUAACCGAGGAGCUUGCCCAGUCCGUCCAGUGUAUAACCUGGCAGCUGGAUGGUACACAUCACCAUGGCAACAGUGCUCAGUGACCUGUGGAGGAGGGAUUCAGACCCGGGCAGUCCACUGUGCCCAGCAGGGCCGGCCUUCCUCCAGCUGUCUGCUUCAUCAGAAGCCUCCAGUGCUGCGAGCCUGUAACACAAACUUCUGUCCAGCCCCUGAAAAGAGAGAGGAUCCAUCCUGUGUAGAUUACUUCGGCUGGUGCCAUCUUGCUCCUCAACACGGGGUCUGCAACCACAAGUUUUAUGGUAAACACUGCUGUAGGUCAUGUACCAGGAAGAGCUGA